GGCGUCGGCCUGGGGAGCGGGGCGGUCCCACUGGCCUCUCCGUCUCUGUCAGGCCGCGGCAAUAUGGCGGGCGCGGAGCAGGGGGCGAGCCUGGAGCAGGCGGAGAAGCACCUGAACGGGGAGCUGCUGCUGGAGCCCGAGGACGCGGAGGGCGGCGCGGCGGGGCCCGGCACUGAGGAAGGCGCCAAGAAGAAGCGGCGGAAAAAGAAGAAGAGCAAAGGCGCCUCCGCGGGACAAGAAACAGAAAGAGAAUUAGAGAGUGCUCUUGAUGAUGUAGCAAAACAGUUGGAUAAACAAACACUGGAGGAGAAGGAAAAAGAUGAUGAUGAAGAAGACGGAGAGGGUGAAGGAGAUGGAGCAACAGGGAAGAAAAAGAAGAAAAAGAAAAAGAAGAAAGGACCUAAGGUGCAGACAGAUCCACCUUCCAUUCCAAUAUGUGAUCUGUUUCCCAGUAGCAUAUAUCCAAAAGGAGAAGAAUGCGAAUAUCCACCAACACAAGAUGGGCGAACUGCUGCUUGGAGAACUACAAGUGAUGAAAAGAAAGCAUUAGAUCAAGCCAGUGAAGAGAUUUGGAAUGAUUUUCGGGAGGCUGCUGAGGCGCACAGACAAGUGAGGAAAUAUGUAAUGAGCUGGAUCAAACCUGGAAUGACAAUGAUAGAAAUCUGUGAAAAACUCGAAGACUGCUCACGCAAGCUGAUAAAAGAAGAUGGUUUAAAUGCAGGUCUUGCAUUUCCCACUGGAUGUUCUCUGAAUAACUGUGCAGCCCACUACACUCCCAAUGCUGGAGAUCCUACAGUAUUGCAAUAUGAUGAUAUUUGCAAAAUAGACUUUGGAACACACAUUAGUGGUCGUAUUAUUGACUGUGCUUUUACUGUUACAUUCAGUCCAAAAUAUGAUAGACUGUUACAAGCAGUAAAAGAUGCUACUAAUACUGGUAUAAAGUGUGCUGGAAUAGAUGUUCGUCUCUGUGAUGUUGGUGAAGCGAUCCAAGAAGUUAUGGAGUCCUAUGAGGUCGAAAUUGAUGGCAAAACAUAUCAAGUGAAACCAAUUCGCAAUCUGAAUGGACAUUCAAUUGGGCCAUAUAGGAUACAUGCUGGAAAAACUGUGCCCAUUGUGAAGGGAGGAGAAGCAACAAGAAUGGAGGAAGGUGAAAUAUAUGCUAUAGAAACUUUCGGUAGCACAGGAAAGGGUGUUGUUCAUGAUGACAUGGAAUGUUCUCAUUAUAUGAAAAAUUUUGAUGUUGGGCACGUGCCAAUAAGGCUUCCAAGAGCAAAACAUUUGUUAAAUGUUAUCAAUGAAAACUUUGGCACUCUUGCCUUCUGCCGCAGAUGGCUAGAUCGUCUGGGAGAAAGUAAAUAUCUAAUGGCUCUGAAGAACCUGUGUGACUUGGGUAUAGUGGAUCCAUAUCCUCCAUUAUGCGACAUUAAAGGCUCAUAUACUGCCCAGUUUGAGCAUACCAUAUUAUUGCGCCCAACAUGCAAAGAAGUUGUCAGCAGAGGAGAUGACUAUUAAACUCAGUGUCACCUCAACACCUUUAUACUCUAGGCUUUGUUGGAACAUGUUAUACCAGAAUUAAUUUGCACCGUAUUGUCUGUUUUAACAGUGGACCGAUGUAAUACUUUCCAUGUUUGGAAAGAAAGGAAUUUAAUCAAAGGCAAGUCUUCUAAUGUAACUAACCAAGGAAAAAGCUUUCAUGCCUCUAGAAAUAUUUCAGGUUACAUAUAUAUAUUUUUUUUUCUGUUCAGGGAAAUAUGUGCUAUAAAGCUCAAUUUUUAGUUUGGAAUGAGUUAUACAUUUUGUUUUGAACAUUUAUGAUAAGAAAUGCUUUUCAGAUAUUUAUAUUACUAUAUUCCUACGUGAAUGCUUUGAAUGAUUACACCUGACUUCUGCACCUAAGCCCUCUAUGGUAUUGCCUUUUAAAUUUCCUGAAAUCCAUUUUUGUAAAAAAUAGACAAAUUUUCAGAUCUUAAAAACAUAUAUACUUUUUAAAAGUCUGGUUAUGACUCUGGGCAGGAGUCUGCUGGGGAACUGCUCUAUUAAAUAAUAAUAAAAAAUAUCCAUUUGCCAUUUAUUGUCUUGAAACUGGGCCUGUGCUGCCAUUUAUGUGAAACUUGACAAUCUAUCAGUUAUGUAACAGUAGUAUCUAUACUGAGAGCCAAGCCAAGGUGUUAGGGGUUUUUUGUCGUUGAGCAUGUCACUCUCCAGUCUUGAGUUUUUCUGUAUUGGAACAUGCUAACAAGUACAUUUUGACUGACUCCUUUGCUGCUGUUUUCAGUAGGGAGGCACAUCUGAUAUGCCUUCUUAAGCUAAAUGCCUCACUUUAUACAGUCACUGGGCUUGCUGCCAACCUUUAAUAUUAAAAUAUCUAUUCAGAUUCGUUGGUACCUGUAUGCCCCAUUGUAUGACAUUUAAAUAUUCACUGAUCCUUGUUUCCUGCCUCCUCAAAACAGCAUAGGUAAUAUAAAGAUUUAGGGACAGUAGUGAGGAUGAAAACAUUAGCUUUAGUCUGUAAUUGAAUCCUCUUCCAGAUGAGCAAACUAAAUUGGAGUAUCUGACACUUUCUUGGUGUAACCGGCAUUAUCUUUCUGCUACAAUAACUGGCUGAAUAUCAUUCGUUUGUUUUAUUAAAAGAUGAGGAUUUUUAGAGCUUGGACUGCAGUUGGCAUAACAUCACUGCCUACUUAUGUAGCUCAGUGUUAAAAUUCUGCAUAAAGUUACUGGUAACAAGUAUGCCAACUUCUGUAGUAGUCAGCAUGAGUGCCUUAAACAUGCCUACUUUGGGAAAACAGAACUCUUUACGAAGAUAUAAAGGCGGCUGGUCUCUGAUUCAUUUAAAAAACUUUUUUUUUUUAAAUUUAGAAGUACUAAACAUUUUGGUAGCUCUUCCUUUUUGGAUUAAAGGGAGCUGUAUAUUGAUCUCACAGGACUCUGAUAUAUGAGCUGCAGCUCUUUGUCCCGUUUUGAGGGACGGACGCAAAAAAAAAAAAAAAAAA